CCUCCCUGUCCUUCGUAGAGGUCAAGAUGGCGAUCGCUACCCUUCUUGUCCAGUGUCUUCCCAGCUUCUUGGCGGGGCGGGACCUGCAGGCCAAGCUGCCGCUGCGCUACAUGGAGGUCUCUAAGAGAACCCAGCCGCCGCGGCGGCUCCCCGUGGGUCUCAGUCACAAGUUCGCCAAUAACCAUUACUGCGGCCGGGACGGGCGCCGGGAGUCCUUCCCGCCCAUCGUGGUGUCGGCAGCGCAGAAAACCCUUGCUGCGGGGGCUCCAGCGGGCAGUUCAGGCUCUGCAGUGACCACAGCUGAGAAAAAACAGUGAUACUAGGACCAGCACUUAAAAAGUAGGAAAUUUCAAAAGACUAGCCCUAUCUGUGAGAAACGAACACGACGAGGCUGGAUGUGCAGGUCACAGUUUGUUACAAAGCAGCACUCGGGGGGGGGGGGGGGGGGGAGGGCUGUGGUGGAUUUUGCUACAUUUAUUAGUCAUGCAACUUAACUGUAUUUAAAGCUGUGAUUAUCCUGCCCCCUAUUUUGCUUGUUCUAUUUGAAUUACCCAAAUUACUACUCUCUAUUGGUUUGUGUGUAAAGUUUUCAUGAGGGAAUAGCAACCUGGCGUGUGUGUUUGAGCUUAGGCCGAGUGGAUUUGUCAGCUAUGGCUGAGAUGCCACUUAAGGACAGAGCUGAAUAAAACACACCCUGGCCUAAAAAGGA